GACAUGGCCAGGGGCCCUGACAACGCGCCAAUAUGGGCAACCCUGGUGGUGCUAGCCUCCAUGGGCACAGCUGUGACAUUGGCCACCAAACCUGGCAUCGUGGCCAGGAUCUCCCAGAAGGGCCUGGACUUCGCCUGCCAGCAGGGAGUGACCGUUCUGCAGAAGCAGCUGCAGAAGAUCCGAGUUCCCGACUUGUCAGGAAGGUUCAAGGUGAAGCACAUUGGGAAAGUACAUUACAGCGUCUACAGCAUAACUAUCGUCAGAUUCCAGCUUCCCAGUCCCCAGAUAAGGCUGCAGCCUGGUGUGGGCCUUAAACUCUCCAUCAACAGUGCCAGCGUCCAGGUCAAGGGCAGGUGCAAGGCGAGAAAGCGUUUUAUCAAAGCAAGUGGCAAGUUUGACCUGAGUUUAGACGGCAUCUCCAUUUCGGCUGAUCUGAAGCUGGGCAGUGACCCCACCUCGGGUCACAUCACCAUCGCCUGCUCCAGCUGCAGCAGCCAUAUCAACAGUGUCCAUCUGCGCUUCAAGAAAAGCAUAGUGGGGUGGCUGAUCCAACUAUUCCGCAAGAAAAUCAAUUCCAUCCUCCGGGAGAAAAUAAACAGCCAGAUCUGCAAGAUAGUAACCAAGUCUGUGUCCUCUAAGCUGCAGCCUUAUAUCCAGACUCUUCCAGUGACAGCCAAAGUCGAUGCUGUGGCUGGGAUUGACUAUCAUCUGGUGGCACCUCUGACAGCCACAGCUGACAACCUGGAUGGGCAGCUAAAGGGGGAGUUUUUCAGGCUGGCACAUCGCAGUCCACCUCCGUUUUCCCCACCAGAAAUGGCAUUUCCCCCUGACCACGACCGCAUGGUGUACAUGGGCAUCUCCGACUACUUCUUCAACACUGCUGGGCUUGUGUACUACGAGGCUGGAGUCUUGAAAAUGACCAUCAACAACCACAUGAUAUCAAGAAAAUCCAAAUUCGAGCUGACAACCAAAUUUCUUGGAACCUUCCUACCCGAGGUGGCCAGGAGGUUCCCCAACAUGAAGGUGCAGUUCCUGGUCUCCGUCUCUGCCCCACCAUACCUGACCACGAGGCCCUCAGGCUUUGCCUUCAGCCCUGCCCUGGAGGCUCAGGCCUUUGCUGUCCUUCCCAACUCCUCCCUAGCCUCCCUCUUCCUGCUUGGCAUGAGUACGAAUGCUUCUUUGAAGGUUGGUGUCCAGGACAGUAGGCUCAUUGGAGAGCUCAACGUGGGCAAGCUGGCCCUGGAACUGAAGCACUCAAACAUUGGCUUCUUCCCGGUAAAGCUUCUGCAGGACAUCAUGAACUAUAUUGUGCCCAUUGUGGUGCUGCCCAAGGUCAAUGAGAAGCUGCAGAGAGGUUUCUCCCUCCCCAUGCCCGCCCAGAUCCAACUCAGCAACCUGAGGCUUCUGACUCAACAGAAUUUUCUGCUACUCGGAGCAGAUGUUCACAGUUUCUGAGGUCCCAAUGGACACCGGCGUGGAAGCACUGGACACUUGUACCCGAGGGGCCCUGUCAUGGGCCACCCUGCUCCAGGAAACCCUCACUAGACCUUGACCGAGGGCCUCACUUCUCUGAAGUCAGAUCCAGGGGAGCGUGUUCAUUGGAAAAGUGUGUGGUUUGUAUUUCAGGGUUUCUGAGUCUCUUUCAGAGCAAAGUUUCCAUUGUAACCAUAGCAUUUCUCUUUGUUCUUCACAAAAAGCCUGUUUUUUUCUGUGGAUUCAUUGGGCUGGUAUUGUUUCUUGUUCUGUGACCAUUCAUUUAUUUAUUCACUGGCUGUAUCCAGCAUGGUUGGCAGUACCAAUCUUCAGUAGCUACCAUAGCCUCUUUUUUCUGCAGUAGUUUCUUGAGUUCCCCCA